UGUACUAGAAAACAGCCAUCCAACUCUCCUAUCAAAGCACCAACGCCUCACUGCUCAAAAGGCUUCUUCUUUAGUUUUGAGUUUGAGAUCACCAUGGCGGUCCAAAUUCCGAGUCGACAGUUACUCAUCGACGGCGAGUGGAGAGAGCCCCUUCUCAAGAAACGAAUCCCUGUCAUCAACCCUGCCACUGAACAGAUCAUCGGUGAUAUUCCAGCAGCUACAGCUGAAGAUGUGGACCUUGCCGUGGCUGCUGCUCGGAGAGCCCUUUCUAGAAACAAAGGCAAGGACUGGGCUUUGGCUUCUGGCGCUGUCCGUGCCAAGUAUUUACGUGCCAUCGCUGCUAAGAUAACAGAGAGAAAAUCUGAAUUAGCAAAGCUUGAAGCAAUUGAUUGCGGGAAACCACUUGAUGAAGCAGCAUGGGACAUGGAUGAUGUUGCUGGAUGUUUUGAGUACUAUGCGGACCUUGCUGAAGGUUUAGAUGCAAAGCAAAAGGCUCCUGUCUCCCUUCCAAUGGGUACAUUUAAGAGUUAUGUGCUUAAGGAACCAAUUGGGGUUGUUGGAUUGAUUACUCCAUGGAAUUAUCCACUAUUGAUGGCUGUAUGGAAAGUAGCUCCUGCCUUGGCUGCAGGUUGUGCUGCAAUACUGAAGCCUUCUGAGUUGGCAUCUCUCACCUGUUUGGAGCUGGCUGAAGUGUGUAGGGAUGUUGGUCUUCCUCCUGGUGUCCUGAACAUUCUGACUGGACUGGGCCCUGAAGCUGGUGCCCCUUUGGCAUCUCAUCCCAAUGUUGACAAGAUUGCCUUUACUGGAAGCACUGCAACAGGGAGCAAGAUAAUGGCAGCAGCAGCCCAAAUGGUCAAGCCUGUUUCUUUAGAGCUUGGUGGGAAAAGCCCAAUUGUUGUCUUCGAGGAUGUUGACCUUGACAAGGCUGCUGAAUGGACUGCAUUUGGUGUCUUCUGGACAAAUGGACAGAUCUGCAGUGCAACAUCCCGUCUUAUUGUACAUGAAAGCAUUGCAAAAGAAUUUCUGGACAGGCUUGUGAAAUGGACUAAGAACAUUAAGAUUUCAGAUCCCUUAGAAGAAGGUUGCAGGCUCGGCCCUGUUGUUAGUGGAGGGCAGUAUGAGAAAGUAUUGAAUUUCAUCUCAACUGCUAAGAGUGAGGGUGCUACCAUUCUGUGUGGUGGAGUUCGUCCUGAGCAUUUAAAGAAGGGGUUUUUUGUUGAACCAACUAUAAUAACUGACGUGACAACUUCCAUGCAAAUCUGGAGGGAAGAAGUUUUUGGACCUGUUCUUUGUGUUAAAACGUUUAGUACGGAAGAGGAAGCCCUUGACUUGGCAAAUGACACCCAUUAUGGCUUGGGUGCCGCUGUGAUAUCAAAUGACCUGGAAAGAUGUGAUCGUGUCAGUAAGGCUCUCCAAGCAGGUAUAGUCUGGAUCAAUUGUUCACAGCCAUGCUUCUGUCAAGCUCCAUGGGGAGGCAACAAGCGCAGUGGUUACGGGCGUGAACUAGGGGAAUGGGGUCUGGAGAAUUACCUGAGUGUGAAGCAAGUCACACAGUAUGUCUCGGACGAACCAUGGGGAUGGUAUCGCUCUCCAUCAAAGCUGUGAGAAUCCUCGUGGAUGUUGAAACAAAUCUUUUGCACUAAAACAGCGGAGAAGAGGGAAUAAUAUUGUGAGAGCUGAGAGGACUGCUAUGUACUAUGUAUUGAACUGAAUACUGGAAAAAGAUGGAUUAUUUUUCAUAUA